UCUCUGCCGCAUUAAUCGAAGAGUCGCGCUGGUGCGCGCGGUAGUGUUCGGCAGCGGUGUCGGUCAUUUCGACGAAUGUUCCAGAUGCAUGUAGUUCGUCCGUCUUUACAACGGUUCUCAACGGUGACCUAAGCUCAUCGCGUUCUUCCUCUGUCCUGAGGAAAUACCGGGCUCAGUGUCGAGAUGGCAAUUGUAAUCGCGGCGGCAGUUUCCACAUGCAAAAAUGCCGCUCGGCGGCGGCACGCGUUCUCCCGUGAAAGACACACGUGCGCAGAUUCAGCGAUCGAACGGCACUACCGCACCGCUCGGCAUCGACAACACGAAGCCUCGAGUCGAGCAGUACUGACGAUUGUGGAGUGAAAAAAAGAUCGAUGCACCAUAACGUGCAAUGAGUGAUAAGCAAAGUGCAUCUAUUUUACCACCCCUUAGUCGGGGUGCGGCUAAUAAUGGCGGAAAUAACGGAAGUACGGCUCAACAGACUGUUAGUCUGCAGCAAGUUUUCGCUACCGCUCAAGGCCUCAACAUGCUUGCUACUAGCAGCAGGCAACAAUUUGUUAUUACGACUCAGGUUCCUGGCCUCACACAGGUCAUAUCGAACAACGCCACGACUAACGCAAAUGGAGCGCAACAAGUCGGCGUUACGAGGAUCGUCAACAUUGCGGGCACACCGCCGCGUAACGCGGCGGGAGUGGUGGCCGGCGGUUCCGGCACAUCGUCGCAUUCGACAUCGGCUGUAUCGCGCCCACCAAAUUCUACCAAAGUUGUGUUAGCGACGUCGCCAAAGCUCGUGCGCACCUCUAUAGGUAAUGUGUUCGUGGCGCCAAUGUCGUCGUCAUCAUCAUCUUCACAAGUAUCAUCGCCGCAUCAAACGCAAGUGCAAUCGCCGUCGCCGCCAGCGCGAAAGCGGUUAAAACUGUCGGAAACGACGGAGAAAUCGACCGCCUUCGACGUCGGUGGCUACCGCCGGCGGAUAAUGGAAUACAAAAUGCGGCGGAUGCGCGCCAUGCGCGACAAGUACGCCGAGAACGCGUCGGAAUUGUUCUUUCUACACGUGGGCGGUAACAUGAUGGACUAUCAGAACUGGCGGAAGCGUCCGGCGACGUCGCAGUACGUAACCUUCCUGCGCCAGCACCCGCUCGACCCGGACGACGACGACGAGGACCUGACAGCGCCGUUGCCGUCGAUGCCGGAGUUCUCGCAGCUGUCCGCCGUCACCACCGCUGCCGCUGUCACCACUGUUACCACCACCGCCGUAAUUGCCACCGCCACCGUCACGACUACCGUUACGUCCGACUCCACGGUGGCCCAGAGCUCGGGUCAGAGCACAGAGGUUAAGAUCUCCGGUGUAGGCGUCACGCCAGUGGCGGUGUCGACUUCCCUGCCCGCUGCGGCUCUAGCGCAGCUCAGUCAACAAGGUGGAACGUCCGUUGCUGACGCGUCGAAACCGACGGCCGCGGUUGCAAGCCCGAUAAUAGAUAAACCAUCGUCGUCGACGACCACCGCCGCCGCCACCACUCCGAAAAUGCCUACGGCAACAAGCGUGCUCAACAACCCCCAACCUAUAGUUAAGCUCGUUAAGUUGUCUACUACCCCUUCUACCGUAGUUACUUCCUGUGAUAUUACGAACAAUCAGGAGCAAAUUGUGGAAAAAGCUAAGCAGGAGGCGUAUGUGAUGCAGAGGAUCGCCGAGUUGCAACGCGAGGGCUUGUGGUCGGAACGGCGAUUGCCGAAAGUGCAAGAGCCGGCUCGAACCAAGGCCCACUGGGACUAUCUGCUGGAAGAAAUGGUCUGGUUAGCCGCUGACUUCGCCCAGGAACGUAAAUGGAAGAAGGCCGCGGCCAAGAAGUGCGCGCGAAUGGUGCAAAAGUACUUCCAGGAGAAAGCGAUUCAGGCGCAGAAGGCCGAGAAGUCGCAGGAGCUGCGGUUGAAGAAGAUCGCGAGCUUCGUCGCCAAGGAGAUCAAGACCUUCUGGGCGAAUGUCGAGAAGUUGGUGGAGUAUAAGCAACAAACGAGACUGGAAGAGAAGCGAAAGAAAGCGUUGGAUCAACAUUUAAAUUUCAUUGUGGGACAAACGGAAAAGUACUCCACGUGGCUGACAGAGGGUCUCAAUAAGACCGACGGUCCCCAGAGUAUUCCAGCUUCCAUGAACAGUUCGCGGAUCUCGUCGCCAAUUCCACAAGGAAAAUGUCAUUCCGAUGAGGAAUUCCAACCAAACCAGAGUUCCGACGACGACGAGGAAACAAUAGCUAAAGCCGAAGAGGAAAUGAAGACAACAAAUCACAAAGAGGAAGUGGAAUUGUUGAAGAGAGAGUCGGAAAUACCUUUGGAGGAUCUUCUGAAGGACUUGCCGCCGAAUUAUUUAGAGGAUCGCAACAAAAGCUUGUCCCCGCAAAACGAAAUGAUCGAAGAGGAGCAAAAUGAAAAUGAGGCAACUGAUGCGGAUGCAGACUUUGUCGCAGAAUCUGGCGAAUCCUCAGACGAAGAGGAGACGAUUAUGGAAGAAGAAAGACUGGAAGGAGAGAUCGAUCAUAAACGGGAACUCGAUGAACUCAAGGCUGACAACGAAAUGUCCAUCGAUGAACUUGCGGCUAAAUAUGCAAAUAUGUCGGACAUGCUGAUAGACAUGGAUGCAGAGGCUGAAGGUACCGAUAAGGAGAACAGUGACAAGGAGGCUGCGCAAGAGACCGAGGACCAAACGAGCAGCAGCGAGAACGAGGAAAGCGAUCGCGAGAGUGACAAGGAAGAGACUCAGAUUCAGAGCGAUGCGGAAGCGGACGUAGGACUUCAAUCUCUUCUCGAAGAUCCGUCGGAAAAGCAAGGAAAAUCAGACAGCAGAGAAGCCGAUCAUUCGGCCGCUCAUGAUGAGAUGGAUAAUGUCGCUGCACUGGCCGAAAGCAUCCAGCCUAAAGGAAAUACGUUGCUCACUACUAGUGUUGUCACUAAAAUACCGUUUCUUCUGAAGCACGCUCUUCGCGAGUACCAGCAUAUAGGAUUGGACUGGCUCGUCACUAUGUACGACAGAAAAUUAAACGGUAUUUUGGCGGAUGAGAUGGGCCUCGGUAAAACUAUACAGACGAUCGCGCUGCUGGCUCACUUGGCUUGCGAAAAAGGAAAUUGGGGGCCGCAUCUUAUAAUUGUGCCGACCUCUGUGAUGCUCAAUUGGGAAAUGGAGUGCAAAAAGUGGUGUCCCGGAUUCAAGAUACUGACGUAUUACGGCACGCAGAAGGAGAGAAAACAAAAGAGGACGGGUUGGACGAAACCAAACGCUUUCCAUAUAUGUAUCACAUCUUACAAACUGGUGAUUCAGGAUCACCAAAGUUUUCGGCGGAAAAAAUGGAAGUAUCUUAUUUUGGACGAGGCGCAGAAUAUUAAAAACUUCAAAUCACAGAGAUGGCAGUUACUUUUAAACUUCCAGACACAACGGAGAUUACUUCUUACCGGCACACCUCUUCAGAAUAACUUGAUGGAGCUGUGGUCGCUCAUGCACUUUCUUAUGCCUAAUGUAUUUCAGUCUCAUCGCGAGUUUAAGGAAUGGUUCAGCAAUCCUGUCACGGGCAUGAUUGAAGGAAAUAGCGAGUACAACGAGAAUAUAAUCCGUCGUCUGCACAAGGUGCUGCGGCCGUUUCUCUUGAGACGAUUGAAAACUGAGGUGGAGAAGCAAUUGCCGAAAAAAUACGAGCAUGUGGUCAUGUGCCGUUUGUCAAAGCGUCAGAGAUUUUUAUACGAUGAUUUUAUGUCUAGAGCCAAGACGAAAGAAACGCUCGCCAGCGGAAAUCUGUUGAGCGUGAUCAAUGUGUUGAUGCAAUUGCGGAAAGUGUGCAACCAUCCGAACUUGUUUGAAGUGCGACCGACUGUUUCGCCGUUUCAAAUGGAGGCGCUCGAAUUCGUGACCGCCUCGUUGGUCUGGAAUGUGCUCGAUUACGAUCCUUUCAAGCAUGUCCAACUGUCCAGCCUGAACCUUUCGCUAUUAGAUCUGGAGCAGACGGUUAGUGCGUUUGUUGCGCACCGAGUGAAACGAUUGCAAACACCCAGGAAGCUUAUAGAGGAGAUAGAUAGCCAGCCGGAACCGCCGCCUAGAUGUCCGUCUGGCCGAAUUAAGAUCAACGUUAGAUUGUCGAAUCAAGCGAAACCUCAGUCGAAUGCGCAGCAACAACAAACACAGACCAGACUGAAAAGUCUAGCCGGCGUGCUGCCCACGCCAAGAGUGGGUACGUCUCCAUUGAUAAGGUCGUUAAAUACCAGCCAGGCUUGUUCGGGACAAGGUGUUACACUCAGAGUAGCAGGUGGCCAACAAUUGCAAGGAUAUUCCGUGCAACUGGUAGCGCAACAGGGAAGCGUGAAAGCUAUUCCUGUCGCAACUUUGGCACAUAAUCCGCAAAGCACUACUGUGACGCCGACCACGGCAACGACCACCGCGCAAAGAAUCACAGUGGGCAACACCGGCACCAAAGACGGCAUUCAACGAUUGGCAACGCAAACCGUCACUCUGAAGCAAGGCGAUUCCGUCCAAAGAAUAGCGGUGCCCGCCAAUUUCGCACAGCUGGUUCAAACCUCCGUCGGCAGACAUAUCAUUUUGACGAAUCAACAGAACACUAACACAGUUUCGUUUCCAGUCAUGACUUCGAGCGGACCAAGAUUCACGGUGCUGUCCAAAUCAUUGAUGGGCCUGUCCACCUCGGCUGCCACGACGAUGAACAAAGUCGUUGGCGGAGUGGUGACAACGCCGAGCGGUCGGCCCGUCAUGAGGGUGCCUCCUCUGAACGUCAGCGCCUCGCAGUCGUCGCCGAGUGGAAAUAACAGCCAGCAGCAGCCGCAGCUGCAGUCGGUUCGCAAUAUUCACACGAGACAGGCGCAAAAAGCGGCCAGCAAGGCGCAGAGCAAGGAACAACCUAAGUCCGAAUUUCACUUGCCACAACUGGAGGAGGAGAGACGGCAGAGAAAGCAAGCGAAGCUGCGCCUCGUAGCUAAUAUCAAUGAGCGACGAUGCGCGGCGUGUCCGCUUUACGGCGAAGAUUUGUUUAUAGCCUUGAGAAUCGGUAAACCGUCGACUGCCUGUCGCUGGCACGAGGGCUGGGUGCAUUGCGCGACGGCUAAGGAAAACGCUCGCACUCGGAAAGAGUUUUUCUCGCGCACAGAGGCGCUCGCCGAAGCGAUUCAGAGCACGGAGCAGAUCGUUGAAGAGCUUAAGGAAGUGUUCGAAAGAUUUGUGAUCCACGUGCCGGCUGUGCGCGCGCCGAUACCUCGAUUCCACGUGUCCCAUCCGCCGCCGCACAAGUUGUGGGGCGAGCGUCGUCUGCGGACGGAGCUGCAGCGGCAACUGUCACCGAAGCUGGCUCUGUACCAUCCGAUCACGAGCAACAUGCUGACGCAGUUCCCCGACCCGAGACUCAUCCAGUACGACUGCGGUAAGCUGCAGUCGCUGGAUCGUCUGCUGCGGAAGCUCAAGUCCGAGAAUCAUCGGGUCCUCAUAUUCACGCAAAUGACCAGAAUGCUGGAUGUGCUGGAGGCUUUCCUCAAUUUCCACGGACACAUAUACCUGCGACUGGACGGCACCACCAGAGUGGAUCAACGUCAGGUUUUGAUGGAAAGAUUUAACGGCGACAAGCGAAUAUUUUGCUUCAUCCUGUCGACGAGAUCCGGUGGUGUCGGGGUGAAUCUGACGGGGGCGGACACGGUGAUAUUUUACGACAGCGACUGGAAUCCCACGAUGGACGCCCAGGCGCAGGACAGAUGUCACAGAAUAGGUCAAACGCGGGACGUACAUAUCUACAGAUUAGUCAGUGAAAAGACUGUAGAGGAGAACAUCUUGAAAAAGGCGAAUCAGAAACGACUGCUGGGAGACCUCGCGAUUGAAGGCGGAAACUUCACUACAGCGUAUUUCAAAAGUUCCACCAUUCAAGACCUGUUCAACAUCGAUCAAACGGAGAACGACGCGUCGAUGCGAAUGGCCGAAGUGCUGGAACAAAAUCGGGACCGAGAGAAGGCUUGGAACAAGGACGCGGCAGCAGCGGGACCCUUCCAGAGCUUCGCGAACCAGCACACGGAGGAUAAGGCAGCGAUGGGCGCUCUCGAGAACGCUCUGACCGCCGCUGAGGAAGAUCUCGAUGUUCAGGCCGCGAAAACUGCAAAAGCCGAGGCCGUCGCCGAUCUCGCGGAGUUCGACGAGAAUAUUCCGUUGGAGGACGCCGACGACACGCAGGUCAGCAAGGCGGAACAGGAGGUUCAGAAUUUGGUUGCUCAGUUAACUCCGAUCGAGCGGUACGCCAUGAAGUUCGUCGAGGAGUCCGAGGGCGCGUUCUCGGCGGCGCAGCUGGCGGCAGCCGAGCGGGAACUCGAGCAGCAGAAGAAGGAGUGGGAGCUAGACCGGCUGCGGGCGCUGCGCGAGGAAGAGGAGCGGCGCAUGCGGCUGGCCGACGACGACGAGAAGCCGCUGACGUUCGGACGCGAGGAUGCACAGAAUCAGGUUAAUAGCGUCGCCGCUAAAGGCGGUUCCAAACGAUUAGUCAGUAAGCGAUUAGCGGCGCCGAGUAGAAGGAGUUCGCGCCGACGUGGCGGUAGGCGACGGGUAAGCGCGCGCGAGUCGUCGUCGGAGAGCGAGAUCGAGACCAGCUCCGAGUCGGACUCGGAGUCGGAGUCGCAGGAGGAGGAGGACGUGGUCGAGGACAGCCUCGACGAGGAGUCGAGUCACACGGAGAGUCAGAGUCAGGGCGACGACGGCGAGGAGGAGGAGGGGGAGGGCGGCGAGGAGGAAGAGGAGGAGGCCGGCGAGGGGAACGAAGACGGGAGGACUAACAAUCGCGAUGAUUCCGAGCGAGGGGGCGGUUUCUCCAGACGGCGGAGGGGUCGUUUGGCGGGCUCCGGCGCCUGCAGUCGCAACCACUUCGACCUGAACAGCCCGCGCACCAGGUCACGCGGCAACGUUCAGAUCAAUCUGUGGACGCUGGACGUGAGCCCGAUCCUGCCGGGCGUGAAGCCGAACUUCCGUCGGCAGCGCAAAAAGUUCCAUCGCGCCAAAUCCGAGGAGGUCCUCUCUUCGCCGUCACCGUCGGUCGACGCGUGUCCCAAGAAAGGCGGCGGUCGGCUUAACGCCAAAGUGCCGACGAUCGCCGACAACUGCGAUCAGAGCGCGAAGGACGAGCGGCGAGACUCCGUGCCGCCGUCGAUCGGCUCGAACGGCGUGGAGCGACGCGUCAGCGAGUCCGACACGGAGCGACCUGCUGACGACUGCGCAAACCUGACGACGCCGAGCGCCGAGACACAAUUGAACGAGACGAAAACGUUGGAAUCGGACGGGGCGGAUAAUGUCGACGGAGACGUUGCGAGAGAGAAGGAGAGAAAUGACGAGGAGGUGAACGGAACGAGUGGCAGCAACCUGAUCACCAUUCGCUCUGUACAGACGACGCGGUGCUCGCAGAAGGUCACGUCGGCGAUCAACAGGAAGCACGAGUCCGACGUGAAUCGCAACGAGGACGCGGAGAACCUCGACGUGAACGUUAGCGCGCGCGAUUCCCGGUCUCCGACGGCAGCGCAGUCGGACGCGACGCUGAAGCGCUCGCCGAAGGAGGCGACGUCCAGAUCCGAAUUCGGCGUGUCGACCAACAACUCCGUGUGCAACAACGCGCGCGGAAAGCUCGCCGCGGCGUCGAGGGAGCCGGAGAAGAGCGUCGUCGAGUCGUCCCCGAGCCGCUCGAUUCCGCUCUUACGCUCGAAGAUGCUGCGAAACGGCAGCCCCGACGUGGUCGACAAGAUCGCGAAACCGGUGCCGCGCGGCGUCGCCGCCGCCGCCGCCGCCGCCGCCGCCGCCGCCGCGCAGAGAAACUCCAAAGCGAAUGCGAACGUCAACGAUCAUCACGGUAACGCGAUCGAGAGCGAAGGUAAGGACGGCCUCGACGAGAGCAACGACGACGCCGAGCCGAUAGUGUUGCGCAAGUAUGCUAGUCAGAGAUUGAAUUCGAAAAGCGACGCGCGAGCGAGUCCCGACUCGAGCGUCUCGUCGCAGACGCUGGACAAGAGAGUGAACGACGUGUCGGACGCCUCCACGCGCUCGAUGAAAAGCGACGCGAGCUCCAGCGAGUCGAAAUGCAAGAUACAAAGAGUGGAGAUCAUGAUCACGCGAGGCGUGAUGACUCGCAGCUCGAAAAUUCCCUCCAUCAUCACGAUACACUCGGAGGACGCGCGUCAAACGGACGACACGGCCGACUCGGAGGGUAAAAGCGGCGGCACGCAGAUGAAAACCGGUCAGGGGACGCGGAGAGCGACCGACGUCGUGUCGUCGUCGUCGCAACACGCGGGCGGCGAGCAGAGUAGGAUCACGCGAUCGGCGGGUCGCCCGUCGACGCCCACGGCCGACGACGAGGCGACGGCGUCGCCGAAGCUGACGCAGAGACGACGGGCGGAUACGCCUUUCCUACGGCCGGUCACGAGGUCCGCGGCGAUCGUCAACUCCUCCGUGAAGAUCGACGGGGUGUCGUCCGCUCGGGGCGAAAAAUACGUGACGACGCGGAUGCUCGUGGUCUCCGCGAAACGUCGCCCGGACACGCCGCGGCCGCACGUUCCGCCCAACAACAACGAGCAGAUGUCGAGGGUGACGCGCUCGGGUGCGUUGGUGCUGAAUUCCGCCUCCGCGGCGAAGAUUUCGUCGCCGUCGUCUUCCGUUUCCGCGCUGAGGACGAGCGCCAAGCAAUUGCGAAAUUCGCCGAUGCGCGGCGGCGGCGAGAGCGAAAACAGCGCGGACUCGACGUUGUACGAGAAGCCUCAGAGAACAGCGAAGGUCGUGGCGAUUCUCACUCUCGACACGAGGAACAAUCAUAACAGCGGCAAGGCCUUCUCAUCGAUUCAGUCGAAAUCCAAUUGCGAGGGGAAAGUCCAGGACAAGGAGUUUCUCGGCGCGUCCCGGUUGUCGGACGCGCUGAAGGAUCAUCAGGAGACCGAUCGCGAGGAGGCGAGCGAUUCGACGGACACCAAGUCGAGAAGACUGCGCAGGGAAACGAAGCGCGCCAGAGUCGCGUCGACGUGCUCGCUCGACGGCGAGGACGUCUCCGACAACACCAGCGACGAGGAGUCGUCGCAGAAGAAGUUACGCUCUUCGCAGCUCUCCCCCUCGCCGUCCUCCUCCGCCGUCCCGGCGACGCGUUCUGAGAAACUGAGAAGUGGCGCGAUAUCUUGAGCCACGCUGAGGUGUUGUUGUGGUAGUCGUCGGCGAGACGCAAGCCGCCUCGUCGGGAAUACCGUUGCUGUUCAACUAUUCGGUCGAGUAUAAUCAGCUUGCUAUACGUGUGAUGCUGGGUUUACGCUCGGCAUUUACCUUCGGCAUGAUACCUUCUCGUUUCCGACGAUGUGCUUUCGUUAAACAUUCUUUCACGCAAUACACAAUGCCUGUGAAGAGUUCUUCAGCGUUUGCAUUCGUGCGGUGACGUCCGGAGAGGCAGAAACGUUAAUCUUGUUUGUAAUGCUUAUUUUUCUUAAGAUACUUUUAAAACGAUGUUAAAGAUGCAUCUUUAGUGUACAGAUUCGGUUCGCAUUGGAUAAAUCUUAUUUUUCUUUUUUAUUUAUAUUCUUUGUGAUGUAAAAGAAAUUUUUUAAUAACAUGUCAAUA